GAUGAAGAUAACAAAAACACACUUUUAACCAACUUACCGGUCAGUUACUUUUCCUUAUAAUAUUAUUAAAAGCAUUAUGUAUGUAUAUAUAAAAACCAUUACAAGAAGGGUGUUUACUUAAAAAACAUCCCAAAAUACAAAGAAAAAACAGAGAGAAACAGAACUUGAUCACCAUGGCUGAAUUAGAGAGCUUAAUCUCAAUUCCAAAGAUGAUAACUUUCCUCUCUUCUCUUCUUCAACGCGUAGCCGAAUCAAACGAUAUCCACCGUCGAUUAGAAGCCCAGAAAGUAUCAGUCUUCCAUGGAUUAACUCGUCCAACAAUCUCAAUUCAAAGUUAUUUAGAGAGAAUUUUUAAGUAUGCAAAUUGUAGUCCUUCUUGUUUUGUUGUUGCUUAUGUUUAUCUUGAUCGUUUCACUCAAAGACAGCCAUUGUUACCCAUUAAUUCCUUCAAUGUUCAUCGUUUGUUGAUCACUAGUGUCAUGGUUUCUGCUAAAUUCAUGGAUGACAUGUAUUACAACAAUGCAUAUUAUGCUAAAAUAGGUGGAAUAAGCACUAUAGAAAUGAACUUUCUUGAGGUGGAUUUCUUAUUUGGUUUGGGAUUUCAUUUAAAUGUGACACCAAACACAUUUCAUACCUAUUGUUCAUACCUUCAAAGAGAAAUGUUGCUACUCCAACCCCCUCUAAAUAUUGUUUCCGAUUCAGUUUCGAAUUCGUCGAUGAUCAUCGGUAAAUCACCUAUAACAAUUCACUCUUGUUAUAAUGAUGAUGAGACUACCUCACAUCAACAACAACGACAACAACAACAACGACAAUUAGCUGUUUGAUCAGCUAAAAUACCGUGAAGUUACUUAUAUUAGAAUAAUUAAGUUGUAUUUAGCUUUGUCUCUUACUUUUUAUUUUUUAUUUUUAUUUUCUUAUUAAUUUUCACUAGUCGGUGAAAUGAGCAUUUGUAGCAAAUCCUUGUUGCUAUUUUCUAAAUUUCUUCUCAUAUUUUUGGAUCUCUUAUGUAGUUUAGUCAGGAUUGUACAGGUAUAUUCGAGUGUUCAAUUGAAUUUUGAGUACGUUAUAUUUGGA